AUGCCUCAGCUCGGCGGGGCCGGCGGCGGCGGCGGGGCCGGCGGCGGCGGCGGCGGGGGGGACCCGGAGCUGUGCGCCACGGACGAGAUGAUCCCCUUCAAGGACGAGGGCGACCCGCAGAAGGAGAAGAUCUUCGCCGAGAUCAGCCACCCCGAGGAGGAGGGCGACCUGGCCGACAUCAAGUCCUCCCUCGUCAACGAGUCGGAGAUCGCCCCCGGCGCCGGCGGGCACGAGGUUUCCAGGCAGACCCAGGCGCAGGACUCCUACCACGAUAAAGGCAGAGAGCAUCCCGAGGAAGGAAAGCAUCCAGACGGUGGCUUAUACAGCAAGGGACCAUCGUACUCUGGUUAUUCUGGGUAUAUCAUGAUGCCAAACAUGAACACCGACCCCUACAUGCCGAACGGAUCCCUGUCGCCGCCCAUGCCCAGGACAUCGAACAAGGUGCCUGUGGUACAGCCCUCUCAUGCGGUUCACCCCCUCACCCCCCUUAUCACCUACAGCGAUGAGCACUUUUCCCCGGGGUCGCACCCGUCUCACAUCCCCUCAGACGUCAGCUCCAAACAAGGCAUGUCCAGACAUCCUCCAGCUCCUGAUAUCCCCACCUUCUAUCCCUUAUCUCCAGGGGGUGUUGGACAGAUAACACCACCUCUUGGCUGGUUUUCACAUCACAUGAUUCCUGGUCCUCCAGGCCCUCACACAACUGGAAUCCCUCACCCAGCUAUUGUAACACCUCAAGUCAAACAAGAACAUCCACACAACGACAGUGAGCUAAUGCAUGUGAAGCCUCAGCACGAACAGAGAAAAGAACAAGAGCCAAAAAGACCUCAUAUUAAGAAACCUCUGAAUGCUUUCAUGUUGUACAUGAAAGAAAUGAGAGCAAACGUUGUAGCAGAGUGUACUCUGAAAGAAAGCGCAGCUAUCAACCAGAUUCUUGGCAGAAGGUGGCAUGCUCUCUCCCGUGAAGAACAAGCAAAAUAUUAUGAACUAGCUCGUAAAGAAAGGCAGCUACACAUGCAGCUUUAUCCAGGCUGGUCUGCAAGAGACAACUACGGGAAGAAAAAGAAGAGGAAGAGAGAGAAGUUACAGGAAUCAGCAUCAGGUACAGGCCCCAGAAUGACAGCUGCCUACAUCUGAAGCAUGGUGGGAAAAGAAACACUUUCUCAACUUGCAAAGCAAAGGCGGCGACACCAGGACCCCUUCUGGAGAUGGAAGCUUGUUAAACC